UUUACAGACGCAUAAGGUAAUCAAACAGUAGUGAUAUUAGGGCCGGCGGUUUAGAAAUCGUAUAUAAGGAGUGAUGUUAUCUCGUUCAAAGAGUCAUUCCAUCGUCCGUUACUCGAAGAAGCAUCAAAGUGCCUUCUAUUACAAAGGAAUCCAUCUUUAGUUCGAAGAAAAAUUUAUUCAACGACAAGACCGAAAACAUGGCCAAGGAUAAUCUCACUGCCAUACUUUACGGCAUCAAUGACAUUCGGCUGGAACAAACACCUAUUGAGGAACCAGAUACUAAUGAAGUGUUAAUUGAAAUGAGAUGUGUUGGAAUUUGUGGAUCGGACGUUCACUAUCUUGAAAAGGGUAGAAUAGGCGAUUUUAUUUUACGUGAACCAAUGAUUAUCGGUCAUGAAUCAUCUGGAGUAAUUGCUAAACUUGGAAAAAAUGUAACGAAUUUGAAGGUCGGUGAUCGUGUAGCUAUUGAACCUGGUGUGCCUUGUAGAUUAUGUACGUUCUGUAAAGACGGUCGUUAUAAUUUAUGUAAAGACAUGGUAUUUUGUGCUACUCCUCCUGUACAUGGCAGUUUGAGACGCUUUUACAAACACGCAGCUGAUUUUUGUUUCAAAUUGCCUGAUCAUGUAACAUUAGAAGAAGGAGCUCUUAUGGAGCCUUUAUCGGUUGGUGUUCAUGCUUGCAAACGUGCCGGUGUAAAGAUUGGUUCCAAAGUGUUAAUUUUAGGUGCUGGACCAAUUGGUUUAGUAACGUUAUUAGUUGCUAAAGCUAUGGGUGCUAGUAAAGUUAUUAUUACUGAUAUAAAGCAAGAUAAAUUAGAUGUAGCUAAGAAACUUGGAGCCGAUGAGGUAUAUCUAACAAAACGUGAGGUUUCUGAAAGCGAAAAUGUAAAAAAGAUUCAUGAAUUAUUUGGUGAUGAUCCUGAUCAGACAAUUGAUGCAUCUGGUGCUCAAGCGUCAAUACGUUUAGCUAUAUUAGUAACUAAAUCAGGCGGUGUGAUUGUUUUGGUUGGCUGUGGUCCUCCUGAAGUACAGGUUCCACUUAUGAAUGCAUUAGUAAGAGAGGUUGAUAUUAGAGGUGUUUUUAGAUAUGCUAACGACUAUGGUGAUGCAUUAGAACUGUUAUCUUCGAAAAAAAUAGAUGUGAAACCACUUAUAACUCACAACUACAAAAUAGAGGAUACUGUUGCAGCGUUUGCGCAAACAAAAGCAGAAAGUGGUGUAAUCAAAGUUAUGAUCCAUUGCAAAUAAGGAAAUAAUAGCUUAAUUCAAAAUUAAGCUAAAGUAAAAUAGUUAAUACAUUAAAAAAAAAAA